AUGCGGAAGAUUAUUCUAUUCGUCAUCCUUGUUACAUCAUACGAGGCAUACGCAGGUGACGUGGAAUGCGGCCAUGGGGAAGUGCUCGAUAAUUGCCCCUCAAAUUGCACUGACGCCUGCCCAACUAUGGAUGGAGAAUUGCAGAGCUGCAAGCGAGCCAACCGCCACAACUGCCCACCACCGAAAUGCUUAUGCCAAUUCAACCAUCGUCGGGCUACGAACGGCACCUGCAUACCAACAAGCGAAUGCCCUCCGUUCGAAUGUUCAAAGCCGAACGAAGAAUACAACCCGUGCCCAAGCUACUGCCCAACCGAUGACUGCAGUCAAGCCACACCAAAUGGGGAGUGCCCUAGCUUCGGAGUGAUUCUAAUAGUGCUAGAAUGUUCUCCAGCGUGCCGCUGCAAACCGACCUAUUGGCGCAAAAAUGGCGUCUGCGUGCCGUACCAAAAAUGCAAUUCGAAAAAGGAAGACUACGAGUCGAAUAAC